CCUGGUUGCAUGAAUUUUGCAUUAGUAUCACUGCAUUAACGGCGACAUUGAUCGUCUGUUGACAACAUGCUCCAGUCUUUUACGUUUUCUUGGAUAUCGGGCAGGAAAGUAAAUAGCUCUCGGAGGUCAUUGCCAAUAUUACCAUUUCUCAAAAUUAUAGAAAAAUGUCGUGAGAUAGGUGGACCAACCGUCGUCAGUCGUUGUUUUAAUAUUUUACGGACUUAAUUGAAAGAUGGCCUUUAUUGAUCCACAAAUUGGCCAUCACCCCGUUGUCGAAGAUGUUGAUCCGACUGCACUUGCUAAUGGGAGAGGAUUGAAUUCUAGCACUAAAGGCCUCAGCAUACCUGAUAGAGUAGCGUUACUCUACUACAAACACGGUCUCCUUUGCUCCAGCUACCCCUGGUGUACAAUAGUAGUAGCAAUUAUCAUUGUCCUCACUUCAUGUCACCCGCUGUUGUCAUUGCCGUUUCCUGGCAAUGAACCAGAGGAGAUAUCUUUCCCACUUCCUGAGAAAAGAAUCUCUAUGGAUCAAGAUAUUGAAACUCUCCAGUACCCAACAAGAUGGGGAACUCAACAGCCAUCAUUUUUCAUUCAGCAGAUUGUAAUACGAUCUUCAGUCAACCCGUGGACCUCUGACUUGGGCCUGAUGGAUGCUUUUAGAGGUCCUUUGGGUGAAGUUUUCAAGAUACAUUCAGGUCUGCUGGGCUUCCACUCACACACUAGUAAUUUGACUCUUAGAGACGUUUGCCUUUACGUUGAGAGCGUUGCUCCUAGAGCUCGUUCGUUCCAACAUCUUCUCCCGGAAUUCAGUUGUCUCGUCCUGUCACCUGCAAAUUUGUGGCAACUAGACGAGAAUACCUUCCGCAACGACGCACAAUUUCUGGACACCAUAUUUUCGUACAAGAACCCAGUGGUGGAAGUGCGUUCCAGCAUGGCCGACAUCCUCUUUGGAGUCCCGCUCAAAAUCAGCGGUUUGAAGAAAUAUCCAGUCAAGACUCGAUCUCGAGUCCUCACCUUCGCGCUCACCAUCAUUCUUAAAUCACACUCUGAACCGUUUCUCUCCGAUUUGCGCCUCAAGCUCCGCAAUCAAUUCCCACUGCAUUCUAGCACUCAAGAAUCCAGCCCAUCUCGACGCACAGUCGUUCACAUCUACUACCCAGAAAGGUUCAACUACUUGGAGCUUAUCCCGCUGACCUUUGUCUACUUAGUGUUGUUCCUCUACAUUUACUUCUCGGUUCGCAAGAUAGAAAUGGUGAAAUCAAAGUUCGGUAUGGCUUUUAGUGCCGUCGUCACUGUGGUGGCAUCAAUGGGCAUGUCCGUCGGUCUCUGCACGUGGUUCGGAUUACGUUUCACGCUCCAAGGACGAGACGUAUUCCCUUACCUAGUCGUGAUCGUUGGCUUGGAGAACAUUUUGGUGUUGACCCGCUCCGUGGUAUCAACGCCCGCCAACUUGGACGUUAAAAUCCGUGUGGCUCAGGGACUUAGUCGCGAAGGCUGGAAUAUAACCAAAAAUCUUUUGACCGAGAUCACGAUCUUGACGGUUGGCUUCUUCACCUUUGUCCCAGCAAUUCAAGAAUUCUGCCUAUUUGCCGUCGUCGCCCUCCUGUCCGAUUUCAUCCUGCAAAUGCUGUUCUUCUCCACCGUCCUGUCCAUUGACAUAUUGCGCAAAGAGUUGUCGGAAAUCCAACGCCAACGGCGACAGCUUCAACCUGGCCAGCAAUACUUGGCCACCAAUCACAGCGUCCAAACUCCAAGCUCAGCGGAACGUGCGUUUACAGCUAAUCCUGUCCACCCACACUUACGCACGCGGGGGCACUCGGCUGCCGUAUCGUCCAAAGUCACUCCAACGGCCGUUGUAGCGCCUUCGUCCUACACGCACAAUCGAUCAGCUAUGGCCAGAGUGCCACGACGGAUAAGGAUUGUUCAUUUCUGGGCCCGAACGCGCUUUUUCCAGCGUACCUUUAUGGUGGCUGUCGUCAUCUGGAUGAGUAUCUUCUUCUACAAGUACGUGGCCAUCGAGAAUUUGACAGAUGAAACGGCUGCGUGGACAGUUCAACCGAACGAUUCAUCGCCGAUUGAAUUUCCAGCGCAAUCACCGCAACCCAGUGUCAAAGUCUCGUGCGCUGCCGGAUCCAAUUGUGUUCAAACAAGUGAACCAGAUGUCACGAAAGAAACGGGAAUCCACCGCGCUACAUCUGAAUAUGCGGCCGUGUCGUCGUCCAACGGCAAAGAAGAAACCGAUUGGCAGAGUCGGCUGCAACAUCCGAAAAACGUAGAUCUUUGGAGAAGAUUGUCUUAUCGUCACUGGCCUGAUUUGCUGGAUAUUUACAACAUUUCUCUGGCCGGAAAAUGCAUAGCCAUAUUACCUUCCAUUCGUCUUUCCAUUCCGGUCCAUCCCGAACGGGUGUCGGAAGUGCGCAACAGUCGGGAUGGUGAAUACCUGACACGAUCCCGCUGGAAAUCUUUGGCAUCAGCUCUCGAUUCGCUUGACGUUCUGGACGGCGAUGACAGUGAUUUCGGCUUGUCGGGUCUCAAUCACGACGGAGGUCUCAAUAGUGGAUCAGGCGGGAACGGGGGUUCGGACGAAGACAGCAAGACGCCCUUCGUUCCAUCUUCCCCGAUUGAAAUCAUCCUGACAACUCUGUUGGCCAUACCCAGCGUGGCGUUCAUCGCUUACGUCACGGUAGUGCUGUACCGUUGCAUCUGCUCCCGCCACUACGCCGAAUGGAGGAGCUCUUCGACUUUCUGGGGCUGGGCCGGCAAUGCUGGUGGCGGUUUGACGCAAGAGUCUCGCGAGUACUACUCUCAGAUAGUAGCCGAGUCGAUGCCUCUAGUCCUUGACGGCCAUCGUUCGCCAAUCGAGUGCAUCUCUACGGAUGGCGAUGUUGUCUCCAGUGUCUGCCUGGCUGGCCAGCUUCACAUUUGGGACAUUCAAACGGGCGACGCGGUAGCUCAAAUCGAUCGGAAUACGUACUUUGCCGCCCUACAGCAACAGUCAACGCCGUCCUCGCCGAACGGUCUCCGCCAUGACACGUAUUCAUCAACUCACGAAAUGUCCGCGUCUAACGGUCCCAACUUUUCGAACCCGAUUGUUUUGAGAUCUUCGGGCUCGUUCCAUUCUCCUCCAGCCAGCCCCAACGACCUGUCGUGGAAGGACAGGACUAGUCCGACUAGCGUGAAAACGUCUUACUGUCCGUCACCAGUGUGGUGCAUGGAAUGCUUUGAUGGACAGGUGGCGCUGGGCUGCGCCAACGGACGCAUUGAAAUUUGGAGCCACAGUUCGGGAUUGCGUUGCCUUUACGAUGACGGCAGUGGCGUCGGAGUAGCGAAACUGAAAGUGAGCGGCGAAUAUCUUCUGGCUGCGAGGCUCAAUGGAACCCUGGAGUCGUUCCAGUUUCAUGCGGAUUUCGACAGUUCUGUCGGAGAUCGCCGUGUUCAUCCCAUCCACGGGGUUGAUGAAUACGAUUCAGAAGGUCGAAAUUCUCCGUCAGUGUUUCGUCUUAUCCGGAUCAACUGGGCCAGGGCUCACCAACAGCCCAUCUCAGUACUAGAGGCGUCGGCCAAUGGCAGCCGAGUAGUGACGGGUUCUCUUGAUCAUUGCCUCAAAGUCUGGAGACUGGAGACGUUGACGGCCCUCUACUGUUUGCAUGGCCAUCGUGGACCUAUUACGGCGCUGUUUAUCGACGCUGCCUACCCUUGCAGCGCAUCGGGUAGCGGGAGUCAGGACGGAAUGCUGUGCAUGUGGGAUCUGUCCAGCGGUACUUGUGUCUACAGUUUACAAGCUCACGACGGAAGCGUGUCUGUUCUCACCUACACUUCCUCCUAUGUAAUCAGCCUGGGCGCCGACGACAAACUCUGCGUGUGGGAACGGUUCCAGGGCCAUCUGCUCAACUCUCUUUCAUUGGCCCGUCUGGCUCUGUGCGGCAGUUUGGCGAUGCUUAACGACCGGUUACUCGUGACAAGUCGUCAAGGUUCGCUGGUCGUCUGGGAUGUCCGAACGGGCGAAUCAAUUCGUGAAGUCCGUCUGGGUGAUGCCGACUCCAGCACCUUUGUUCGUCACGUUAUGGUCGUCAGAGAUAAUGUCAUCUGUGACUACGGUACCCAGCUGCGUAUCGUCUCCUUCCCCAUGAUUUCCACUCACAAAGUCGAGUAAAUUAUUGUGGAAGUUCGCGUAUUGUCUCUCUGUGUGUCUUUUGUUUCUCAAUUAGUUCUUUCGUGGUCCUUGUUUAGACAUUAUUUCAUUACUCUAGUGUGACAUUUGUAUCUUGGCUGUGUGCGUGACGACAUAGAGGCUAUUGAAUUCUACGGACAAAAAAUACCAAAACCGUUGUCGGUUG